AAUUUUGCUCAGAACCGCUAACGUGUCGGAGGUGUCGCCGUCGCUCAUAAAUUUUCGCUGUCAGACUUUUAGUGAGCCGAGCCAAAUUUAUUGAUUAAUUGUCGCGCGUUUACCUCAAACUUGACUCGGUAUUUUAAUUAAACUUAAUUUAAUUUUAUCCAAUUCGUUUUUAUUUUUUUAUCAAAUUUCGCAAUGCAGUUGUUGUACAGCGUUACGCUAAUGUUGCUGCUGCUGCUGCCAGCUGGAAAUGUAUCCGCUGGCAAACGGCUGUUUGCUUACGAACGCGGCAAGUGCGAAAUUGCAAUGGCCGAUGUCGUGGAGGGCUUAGUUAAUACGAGUUUGAAACGUUUGACACGUCCCUCAAGGCGUGUUAGCCAGGCCAGCUUAUUAGAGUACGAUCUCUAUACGCCGCACAAUCCACAAGAGCGUCAGCUGCUUCAUCCGGGGAAUGUACAGUUGCUAAGGAAAUCUAACUUCAAUGGCAAAUGGCCAGUCAGAGUCAUCAUACACGGCUGGACGGGCAAGAGCACCACCUGCUACAAUGCAGCCGUUAAGGAUGCGUAUUUGUCACGCGGCGACUUUAAUGUCAUCGUUAUGGACUGGAGCCAACAGGCUAUGGAUAUUAACUACUCUCGUGUGUCCAAGCAGUUCCGUUCGAUUGCUGCCAGUGUUGCCCAAUUUCUCAGUUUUCUGCACGACUAUGCGGGCGUUCCCUACGAUAACAUCUAUUUGGUGGGCCACAGUGCGGGCAGCCACAUAGCCGGUCUAACGGGCAAGCAUCUGAGCCCUGCACGCCUGGGCGCCAUCUUUGCGCUCGAUCCAGCCGGUCUCUCACAGCUCGGCGUGGGACCCUCAGAGCGCCUGGCACCCACCGAUGCCAUCUAUGUGGAGUCCAUACACACAGAUUUGCAGCUGCUCGGUAAUCCUGAAGGCAACCGACUCAGCCAGGCAGCAGUAUUCCCCAACUGGGGCCUUGGACAACCGCACUGCCCGAAUGCAACUGCCACUGAACUUGAUAUCAGCUGCGACCACUUUGGCGCCGUCUUCUACUUUGCAGAAUCUGUGCGCCGGCCAAAGAUGUUUGGCGCGGUGCGCUGCAGAUCCCUGCAGAGCAUACGUAAGCUCACCUGUGGCUGCAACAACAGCGGCAAGCACACCAAGUUCAGUGCUGCGACAUGUCCCGCUGAUUCAUUCAUGGGUGGCGAACCGGCUAUGCCCAAAAAGGGGAUCUUUUAUGUCAGUACUCUGCGGCAACCACCGUAUGGCACCGCCGACGGCCUAGUUCACAUGCAACCACCUAAAAUGUCUACAAUUUUUGAAACAAGGCGAACAUUGUUUUUCAUAUAAAUGCAGGCCGAGCAACAGAGUUGAAUGUUCAAUAAGUGAUAUACAGGCUACAACUAAAGAUAGACAUCUAUAAUAUUUAUAAGAAAAUCAGAUUGAAUAAUAGGUAUGAAACUGGUUAAUCAUUGCUUCGAGCACAUCAUGGCAUGCAAGCAGCAAGUAAAGAGUGAUUAAAUUAAAUUACUUCUGCCAUUAAUAAAAGUUAAUUUAUUUAAAUGUA